GCCGGCAUCCACCCACUGGAUGUUAUCUGGAAAUGAUACCUUAGCAACUCUGCCUCGACGGACAUCAAUUAUUUUCCCCGUAACUGUAUCGAUAACGAUUGUGGCCGGUUGGGGGGAGUCGGAGGCGGGUAGAAGAACGUUUGUACUUGAGCACACGAGGAGAUUCGCCAUAAGAUACUAUCGCCCGCUUAUGGUAGCGAGGCAAAUUUAGUUUCGGACGUUGCAUCAAUUUCUGCUGGCCAGUGGACAAUUUUAAAUAUGUAACUAUAUUUUAUCUCUGAUCCUUCUCACGUACUUCACUGAUUCCUGUUUACAAUUUCACGCGUAUUCCAUCAAUCAGACGUAGUCAUCAGGGCUUCUCAGGACAUGGGCUGUCUCCCGGCGAUGUUGCAUUGGGCGCACUGCACUGAUGGUAUCCUAUAUCAUUGGAUUACUAGCCUUGGCUGAUAAUGCGGACACCGCUUGUCGUCUCAUAAAUUCCACACAUACCCCCCCCUCGAGAUUUAGCAUUCAUCUCAUCCCGCUUAUUCUAAUGUCUUCUGAACUACAACGAAAUUGCUAUUCAAUCGAACAGCCUCAAACGGUAUCUCUACGUCGUCUCCCUAGUCUACCGACAGCUCGGCAGUCACGACCCCUUCCCCCUGUACCCCGUCCGCUAGCUUGCCGACGUUGCAAAAUGUGUGUAACAUCCAUCGGCGCGCUCCUCCCUUUGGCCAAAAUCCCUACCCAUGCCCGCGCAUUCAGAGGAUUUAAUGGGAAAGCUUCGUUAUUCACUGACAUUCACCAUGUCGACCUCUCUCCUCCCGUAGUGCAUCUGAUGAACACUGGUGCCCACACUAUGCAGCAAAUAUCAUGCCAGAAUUGCUCAGCAUACCUUGGAAUGCGGAUCAUUCGAGCCCAUAGCCAUUCAGAACGCUGGAAAGAGGGUCACUAUCUCUUGGAACUUGAAAAUCUCACCGCUAUCGUGACACGCCGGAACGUUCACCCGUCCUCAAUAACGUCCUCUGACUCUGACGACAGCAGCUGAUCUUUUCUGUGUUGUCGGAGUUCCCUUCUGUUCUAAAUUCAUAUUUUCUGCAGGCACAUACUUAUAUCAACGGUGACCGCAGGAAGGUCUUGAAUUCGAAAUCGCUUCUUAUUCAUUGUACGAUAUUUUUUUCAACAUGGAAUGUACUUGUAUAGGAUUAAAUACAUAACACCACAGCUAGCAACUGGCGCAC